ACUCUGGAGUGCUCUUCUGUCAGGGUCAGACCGGAUUGCAUCCCCUCUUUUCCAGAAGCCUCUCCUUUUCCUUGGGACUCAGCCCCCUCCUCCCCCCACCGCCCCCUCACCCUUGUAGCCACCACACACACACGCACGCACACACACACCCACACAGACACACACACCCCUCCAAUCUGAAAAUAAUCGCCUUGGUUUUGACGGCUUGCACUCCACCGCGGAGUCGAGGUUUUUGCACGUCGUGGUUGCGAUGGAACGCAGAGAGGAGAUGGGAACGCUGGCAGAGGGAGGUCAGCUUGGCAAGAGCAACUCCGAUUUGUCAGGAGCCAUCGGCAGCUCCGCGCAGGGUAAGCCCGGGCAGAGGCGCUGUCUGAGCCCCGGCGCUGCGCCCUACUCCCGCAGAGUGGAGGUGGUGAUGGAGGAGAACGCACCGAGGAAUAUAUGCGCAGACAUGAGGCCAGUUGACAGGUCUUCCUCCGGAGAAAGACACAGGGGGGAUCAUCCCCACAAAGACGGCAGCAGCUCGGACACCGAGUCGGACUUCUACGAGGAAAUUGAUGUCAGCUGCACGCCUGAAAGCAUGGACUACCCGAUAGCUAAAGGUCGAAAUGGGGAUUCUCCGGGUCACCCGAGUGACAAUGGUGCCGACCCGGGUAACAUCGCCCAGGGUCCGGGCUCUCUGUCCUACGCGGCUGAUCAGAUUCGCCGGUACCGGACAGCGUUCACCCGAGAGCAGAUCGCACGGCUGGAGAAGGAGUUUUACCGGGAGAACUAUGUGUCCAGGCCGCGGAGAUGCGAACUGGCGGCCGCCUUGAAUCUGCCUGAAACCACCAUCAAGGUGUGGUUUCAGAACCGCAGGAUGAAAGACAAGCGUCAGCGUCUGGCCAUGACUUGGCCUCACCCCGCUGACCCGGCCUUUUACACCUACAUGAUGAGCCACGCGGCGGCCACGGGGAACCUGCCCUACCCCUUCCCAUCGCACCUGCCGCUGCCUUACUACUCCCACCUGGGGGUCGGAGCCGGCUCGUCUCCGGCGGGCACCCCUUUCUCCAACCCCCUGCGCUCCCUCGACAGUUUCCGGAUGCUGUCUCACCCUUACCAGAGGCCGGAGCUCCUGUGCGCCUUCAGACACCCCUCCCUGUACCCGGGCCCGACCCACGGCCUCGGCCCCGGGGGAAGCCCCUGUACCUGCUUGGCCUGUCACUCAAGUCCACCCAACGGCAUCUCAACCAGGCCCCCCGCCUCGGACUUCGCUUGCUCCCCAACGAGCAGGACUGAAGCUUUUGUCACUUUCACGCCUUCAGUGCUCAGCAAAUCCUCACCUGUGACUUUAGACCAGAGGGAAGAAGUGCCUCUGACCAGAUAAAAACAAAAAAAACAACAGUUAUUGUUCCCUAUAAGUCAUUAGCAUAAACCUUUUUAACUUAACAUAGUGUAAUGAGCAGGUCUGACACAGCAUGAAGAGCUAGCCUGUAAGCAGCGAAAGACAUCCUGAACUUGGGGCGAGAAAAAUCAGCCAAGCAGAAUUUCAUCCGACUCAACGGCCACGUGAAAAACCACGAACCCCACUGCAGAGCCAGGACCGUCACUGACAAACGCGGAGAUGGACAGAAAACCUGACAUCAUUUUUUUUAGAUGAUUCAUUUGAUGUGUGUGAGAGGUGCAUCCGGAGACGUUUUAAACAUGCGUGAUGGAUCGAGUUAAGCUUUUUUAUUUUUUUUUAUUUUUUAUUAUUACGCGUCGUCUCUUUCCGCGUCCACGCCGACCUACACACGUACCGCUAGUUACGCGAGAAUGAUGCUUUCCGUCUCUCUUUUUAACAAGGAGAUUUGUUAACAGACUGCGGCCGUCUCAUUACGAAGCGGCGCUCGUGCAGCAGGCCCCUCCGCGGCUGCCUGGGUGGAAAUGUGCAGAUGCUGGUGAAAUUAGUAAGUGAUGUAUAUGUACGAAGCCGGUGAAUUUCUGAGUGUUGAAUUAAUGGUAAUACCAGGAAGGGAUCGUUACUGCUAAAAAGUAACAAGGCGCCGGGGGAACGGAUUACUACGGCCCGCGCGGUUCGACGUGUUGGG